ACGGAUUGCGUAUCGUGUGCUACUAUACAAGCUCAGCCCAACACCGAGCUGGAGUUGGAAGGUUUACACCCAAAGACGUCGACCCAAAUCUGUGCACUCACUUGGUGUAUUCUCAUGCUAGGAUUAACGGAUUUGAUCUGGAAGCAACUCAGACGAACGAUGAGACUUUAAAUGGGAAAUUGGGGAUGUAUGGACAUGUUGUCAGCUUUAGGAAAAAAAAUCCAAAACUAAAGGUUCUUUUGGGAGUUGGAAGCUUCAUGGAAAUGCCACAAUCGUUUUUCCCCGCAGCGGCCAGCAAAAGUAGUAGAGCAGUCUUCGCUAGCAGUGUAGCCACCUAUCUUCGCAAUCGACAUUUCGAUGGAGCUCAGAUGGAAUGGGCGAACCUUGCUGCAAAACCAAAUCCACGUUAUGAUAAAAACAAAUUUUUGCUUCUUUUAAAGGCAUUGAGAGAAGAAUUCAAACAAAACUCGUUGGCUCAAGGGGAUACACUUAUCCUAGCUGUAACUUUGCCUGCAGUUAAAAAGCAUAUAGACACUGGAUAUAGAAUCCCAGAGCUCUCUAUGCAAGCCGACUUUAUCACCAUCAGGACGCUUGACUUGCACACCGCCUCCGAUGGAAAAGUUGGCUUGAGUGCUCCCUUACGUUCUGACCCUAAGUCAGAAAGCGAUGACAAAUAUUUAAACGUGGAGUGGAUUACUAAACACUACAUUUCGCUGAAGGUUCCCAAGGAAAAAAUAAACAUCGGUAUACCGACGUACGGCAGGUCAUUCAGGCUUGAAGACGGUUCCCAUAACAAGAUAGGAGAUAAAGCUGUCAGUAACAAAGGACCUGUGCCUUUAAAUUCAACAGACGGCAUUGUAGGUUAUGCCGAGGUUUGUCAACUAGUCUUGGCUGGCGGAUCAGUGGAAAAUGACGAAUCUCAUGAUGGUCGUUACUACACCAACGGCAAUCUAUGGAUCAGCUACGAGGACAUCCUCAGUGUCAGUAAAAAGACCCGUUUUGUAAAAGAUUUAAAACUUGGUGGUAUAACUUUCUGGACACUUGACCUCGAUGACUUCACUGGGGUAGGAUGCCAGCAUGGACGAUACCCGCUCAUUAGAACAGCGAAACGUAUUGUAUGCUACUACACCAACUGGGCCCAAUUUCGGCAUGGAAAAGGCCGGUUUAUGCCUGAGAACAUUCCAGCUCACCUGUGCACCCACAUUGUGUAUGCUUAUGCUGUGUUCAAAGACUUCACAGCUGCUGCAUAUCUUGGGAACGAUGACUCAAAGAUCUGGCUUGAGGGAAUGUAUGGUCGUGUAUUGAGAAUCAAAAACAAAAAUCCAGACCUGAAAAUUCUUCUGGGAAUUGGCGGAGGAAAUUCUCCUGACACAAAUUUGGAAGAUCUAAUAUAUGACACAUCCAUGCUGGAAAAUUUUGCAAAGAGUAUAGCGACCUUUCUGGAAGAGAGAAAAUUUGAUGGGCUAGAAGUAUCAUGGCAAGUGCCUUCAUCUCGCUGGAAACCUAAUUUCUCGUAUUUUCUUCAGAUACUGAAGACGACCUUUGAAAAAUACUUAGUAUUCCAUGAACAACCACGGCUAAUUCUCUCCGUUGCGUUGACAGCCUCCAAGGAAAGAAUUGAAGCAGGAUAUGGUGAUGAGCUCCCUCGCAUCGCAGUCUGCGCUGAUUUCAUAUCCCUCAUGACCUAUGAUUUCCACGGAGGCUGGGAUGCUCACACGGGCCACAAUGCUCCUUUGUUUCCCAAUUCAGACAAACUUAGAUAUGACCAACGCCUCAAUGUGGACUGGGUUGCCAAGCACUAUGUGAAACUCGAUAUUCCAAAAUAUAAAAUUAACAUUGGUGUCGCCACCUAUGGUCGCUCAUUCACUUUAGCUGAUGGGGAAAAUCACAAUUUACUGGCUCCAGCAAAAGGUCCGGGAACCGCUGGCAAAUUUACUGGUGUAGCAGGACUGUUAGCAUAUUAUGAGGUGUGCGAUUUUAUUUCCAAAGGAGCUAAUGUAAGUUAUAUCCCUUCGCAAAGGGUUCCCUACGCCUACCGUGGUAAUCAGUGGGUGGGCUUUGAUGACCUCAAGAGUGUUUUUCAAAAGGCUUGCUACUCGGUGUGUCAAGGUUUUGGAGGUGUCAGUUUGUGGACGCUAGACUUUGAUGACUUUACUGGUGAUUUCUGUAAGGAGGGACAGUUCCCGCUUUUAACAACUAUUUACAACAUUUUGAAUCAAACAGACAAAGACGUCUGCGUCAAGUAG